GCUGGCACGCGGAAAUCGUCGACGGUCGAAGUUCAGUAGCGUCGAUCGACGGUCCGCGAUUGAUCGCACGGCGGCAUAUUCGAAAACAUGCAGCGAGUGCAUUCCAAAAUCUUCCGCUGCGGCCGUUUCUCGUCGGCGAACGUCGGCCGUGCUCGUAUCGGUGAAAUCGUUGAUGACGAGAGAGGCGCGCGGGAAGGACGAGAAAGAAAGGGAAGGAGAGAGAGAGAGAGAGAAACCGUGCGCGCACGUGUGCGUACAUGUGAGUCAUGUUCGUAUAUGUGAGGUCGAGGGCAGCGGGAGAAGAAGAGGGAAACGGGACUCCCCUCUUGUGCUUCGGCUCUAACCAUUCGUCGCUGAUCCGCCAGUCCCCACCGCUGUCGAUUCGCCGCCGACCGCAACGUCACUGUCCGCUCCCUCCCGCGUUGCCUUUCCCCUCUCUCUUUCCCGCGCGCGCGCAGACAGUGCAGUGCGCGCGGACCUACCCAGUAAAUGCGAGGCUUCCGUUUGACGAGUAUACGUUUCGGUGAGAGAGCGCGUAAUAAGCGCACGGUACACGGACAGUUCUUCGUACCUCGGCGACGUCGUCGCCGUCGUCACCGAACGGAUAGUCCCCAGGCGUCAGCAUGCCGCUCAGCAUCGGCGUUAACCUGCGGGUGACCGGCCACUGUAAUCAGGGCGGUCGCAAAUACAUGGAGGACAUGUUCUGCGUGGCGUUCCAACCGACACCGGACGACAAGGACCUGGAAUACGCGUUCUUCGGAAUCUUCGACGGCCACGGAGGCGGGGAGGCCGCAACUUUUGCCAAGGAACACCUCAUGGACAUCAUCGUGAAGCAGAAGAACUUUUGGAGUGAUCGCGACGAGGAUGUGCUGCGAGCGAUCAGGGACGGAUACAUGAACACGCACUACGCGAUGUGGCGGGAGCUCGACAAAUGGCCGAGAACCGCGUCCGGACUGCCGUCUACGGCUGGGACAACCGCCAGCAUCGCCUUCAUACGGAAGGGCAAAAUAUACAUAGGCCAUGUAGGAGAUUCCGCUAUCAUAUUAGGAUAUCAGGCAGAGGGUGAGACUCAGUGGAGGGCAAAAGCACUGACAAAAGAUCACAAGCCGGAGAGUGGACCGGAGAUGACGCGCAUACAAGAAUCGGGUGGAAAAGUAAUCAGUAAAUCUGGUGUCCCAAGGGUUGUGUGGAAUAGACCUCGCAUUGGGCACAAAGGUCCUGUUCGAAGAUCCACUCAUAUGGAUGAAAUCCCGUUCCUCGCAGUAGCCAGAUCUCUAGGUGAUUUAUGGAGUUACAAUUCUGAAUUGGACACUUUUGUCGUCUCUCCUGAGCCAGAUGUGAAAGUUAUUCCAGUUGAUGUUAAAUCACACCGUUGUUUAAUAUUUGGUACUGACGGCCUAUGGAAUAUGUUAUCGCCCCAAGUUGCAGUAACUAUUGUUCAAGCCACAGACAGACACAAUGAAAAACAUUUGAUAGCCUCUCAGCAGACUGGUGGUGCUGAUAUGGGGCAAAUGUGGAUAAAUCCUUCAAAAAGUCUUGUGGAUCGUGCAUUGGAGAAAUGGUCAUCGACGAGAUUACGGGCAGACAAUACCAGUGUUGUAACAUUAAUGUUGGAUCCAUCAGGACCAUGUCGUAGUGAGGUACUGUUCAAUCAAAAGAAAGAUCGCGUUAUACAUCAUGGGAUAAAUACGCCAAUUACAACGAAAGAGCCUGAAAAUGUCGACGAAAUCAGUCCAAAAGCUCCAACGCCAUGCAUGCCAAUACCGUUGCCAAGCGCUUCCACGGAUCUUGACAUUGAUUCCAAACAACCGGACUCAUCAAAUGGGAAUGAAGAGACUGUCGAUCAGAUGUCACAGUCGGAGACAGCUUCGUGUCCCGAAAAAUCAAUUCUAUCAGAGAUUGAUACUUCAUCGGAAUUACAAGAGACCGCGAUAGACAAGAAUAUUGAGACUACUGAUAUCGGCGAAGGUAUUCAGGUUGCCGAAGUCUCCUCUAGUCAAAUGCUAGAAGAAUCUGGAGAUACGGAAAAUAAAAGAGCAAAUGAAACUAAUUACGAAAAAUUGGAACAUAUCGAAAACGACAAAAGGCAAAUAGCAGCACAGAAUGAAAUUGAGAAAGCAAAAAAUGACGAUGCGCAAACUCCGAUCCAAUCGAAUCCAAAAUCGAACAAGUUCAUCGAGCCUAAAGAAAUCAUAACCGAGACAGGAGUAUCUAAUGUGGUGCGGCAAAACACGUUUUCUGGUGUAAACAAGGAAAUGCUUCAACCCGUUCCCCUCGUAAACAGGUUACGUCGAAGCGGCAUCGUUUCCGUUAAGAGUAACAGUUUCGACAAUGGUGAGGUAAAAAACGGCGUUUUGAACGGAUCUAGGCAUAAGCAACACCCUUUAUUUCCCGCGAGGGCGGACGUCGGAACGAUAAAGCGACGACACAGUCUGAGCGCCUCUCAGGCUCAAAAUACCUUCACCGAUGUCACGCCGACACCUGAUCCGAAGACUUAUGUGAGCGUAAAGUUGCGGUACAGAGUAACGAAAUCGUCUGUUGCGGAAAGCACGACGAUGGAAGAGAUGACGAAAAGUGCAUCGAAAACAAACGACGACUGUGCCAUAAAUAAUAACAAACGCAGGCAUAGUGCGAUCACACAGACGUCGGUUUCGUCGUCCGGAAUUAAUAACAGCUGUACGCAACAAGAACCUUGCGCGAAGAGGAGAACGCGUUCCGAGGACCAACGGCAUAGUCCCAUUGAUGAGAAUGAUCCGGCCAAUCAAACGGUAGAAAAUGCUAAUGCUCGAUUGAGUUGGCCCACGUCAGACAGACGUUCGGAUUCGUCAUUGAACGGCGCCACUUUAACGACGCUCUCCUCAUCAUCGAAGACGUUCCAACGUAGAAGUUUAGGCAAAAAGGCUACGCCUGUUAAAGCUAUUAGAAGAUCGUCUAUCAAUUGUUCGACUCGACUGCAACAUCUAAGAGGUAGUUUUGGCCUACGAGAUUGGGACCAAGGAAAGAAUAACCGAACGAACAGUUGUAACAAUAGAAGGACAUUAAAUAGGACAGUAACGAUAAUCGAUCCUACGGAUACGACGAUGCCGCAACGAUGGCUAAGAUCAGACACAAUGGCGGCAACACCUGUGAAAACAUUACGUUCACGUAACGUAGAUAUCGCCGGACAUACAAUAUCUGCGCAAUUAGUUCAUCAAUACGGAGUAGUGAAGCAAAAUCGAUUGUCUCUACCGAACAAGUUGAAGCAACCCGCGAACAGUGGAUCGCUACAAUCGAGUAGAGUCAGGUCUUCCUCAUUGUCAGCCAAUAAAUUUAAACAAGCGAACGGUAAUGGUGGAAGCGUGAGUACUUGCGCGACCAUAAAUCCUUCAACAGCAGGUUCUACAUCUGGUAUAGCCAAGAAAGUCAAAUCACCGUAUAAUCCUAGUGCUCGAUCCCUGAGCACACGAUCUCGAAUCAAACGUCUUGGAAAGUAAGAGGAAUGUUAACGGCUGUUUGCGGAUUCGCGAGUUUCUUAGGGUAUGACACUUACCCUUCGCUAUCUGCGAAUCAUCUAGUUACAGUAUAAAGAGCGAUUGUUACAUGCAUUUUAUGUCUUUAAAACUUCCCCUACUUUUAUCUUUAAAACUACAUACAUAUUAUCUUUUAUUCGAGAUAUUUACUAUGAAUGGGGCCUGAGCACUCUAUAAGUUAUGUUUAUUCCAUUUUUAUUACUCCAUUAUUAUUUCAUUUUUUAACAUAAAAGAAAUCAGAUAAAUAUAAAUUAUUAUAGUAGGAUUAUUUUUAAGCAUGUGUUGAAAUUUGAUAUCGCAAUCUACACAAAUACUUAUAUCUAUUUGUGACAAUUAUUGAUUCGUCGAAUUGUAUUUGUAUUUUGUUGGAAUUAUUUACACUGACUACUUUUUUUAUGUUCGCAUGAAGUGCAUAUAUCUUUUAUUUUAUAAAAUUGUCUUCUUCAUAGAAAUAAAUUGCUACGCUCUCCCAUUCUAUUUAUUAAACAUUUAUUAAUCAUUAAUUCCUUAUAAAGGAUAUAUACAAUCUCAACAACUCUAAAAUGGAACUAGUCAUUCUUAAAAAAGUGUUAUAUUCAAAAUUUUCUAGAUAGCUUACAAAACUGUGCUUUCGCAAUUUCUGAUCAAAGAUUGUACCAUUCUCUCUGAUAUAUAGAUAGAUACUAAAAAUGCAAAGUGUUCGUACGUUUAAGUCGAGUCAAUUGGCAUACAGAGAGAGCACAGUCGAGGGACGAUAAAUCGUAAAUUAUUGCCCCGAGAAAAAUUAAAAAUUAAAAAUACGAAAAAAAGAUAUUCCCAAUCUUUUGUAUGCUUUCCAAUAUUCUCGUAGACUAGCAAAUUACAUAGGACAAAAAAAUGAAAGUAUGUUUAAAGUAGCCUGACAAUAAGAAGGUACGGUUGCGUAUGAAGACAUGAGUUCGUAUGCAUAUCUCACAUUUGCACAUUCUCAGUGAUAACUAUUGUUUGCAAUCUUAGACCGAUUAAAGCUGACCAAAUGCUGUAGGGCUGAAUACGGAAUACGAAUGCGUAUGAUUCGUGUAACUGCACAUGCGUGCAUUCCUAGAAGUAAUUUUCCCCUCAUUGAUUCCGCUUGACGAUCGCAGUCUUCGACGAUAGCUCGAGCAAAGAAUUUGCAAGUCAAAAAGGCACCGUAUUUAGAGAAUACUUAUGAUUAAGCUAUUGAACCAUUUUCUAGUAUGUAGGAUAUGCAAUCACAUUGAUCUGCCUUGGCUGAGUACGGAGUGGUUGUUGAAUAAUUGCGUGUAGAUAGAAUUGUAAGGAUAAUUAUAUAGUUGAGGAUAAUUGGCAGCCUUUAUCUCGCGAGUACAUCGAUAUCGUUUCGUAGAUGUAAAGUUAUAAAUUGUUGCAUAGAUAAAUAAUGUAUGAAAAAAAGAAGAUUUAAAUUCACAUCUCUGAACAGAUUCCAAACGCAUGGUCUCGAACAACGACCACUCGGUACGAAGCACCAAAACGACUGUUUAAAAUCUAGGAUUAUAUACUUAGGCGGAAUAUGUUUAAAGCAUAGCUAAAAAACAAUCGAAGGAGUUCAAAAAUUGCUAUCUCGGCAGGAACAAUUGUACAACAAUUAUGUUCCAAAUGCAAAUGUGCACUUUCAUACUAGUGAUCUAAUAACAAUUAAGUCAUCGGAGAUAAGAAAGAUUUAUAUCUGAUAUAUUUAUCUGAUAUUAAUAUAUAUACACAUAUAUAUAUAUUAAUCUCAGAAAUAAAAUACAGUGUAUAAUAAUCUUCUAUAUCAGUCUUUCAUAGUCAUCAUUUUAUCUUAAGCAAAGAAAACGAGGACAAUUCAGGAUGAAAAUUCAUUAUUUGAUUUCAUCAUACAGAAAUUACGCACAACGCGUUUGCUUACAUUUUAUCGUACAGAAAUCUGCUGUUUGAGUUUCACUUAUUAUUUAUAUGAAUGUAAUAUCAUUUCCUGUAUUGUUUGAAUUACUUGUGCAUCUAGAAGAAUGUUUCAGAGAGCAAUCUGAUGCAAGGAUCAGAGUAAUUAGAGUUAAAAUACAUUUCGGAAUAUAGUCACUUUAAGAUUUAUACAUUUUUAAAGAAAAGGGGGAGAAAAUGGAAAAACUCUGAUGAUACAUAUUAUAAUAAAGUGUAAAACGUUAACCACGUAUAUAAUAAUUAUUGAUAUCAUGUCGACUAUUUAUUAACUAGCUUUUAAAGGUGAUUUUCUGUGUACAUAAAAUCGUGUGAAUUAUAUAUGCUUAGAGAGUCGUUUGGGAGCUGCUUAGAGACUAUCACUGAAACGAAGACGAGAGAAAAAGGAAAGAAAGGGAUGACGCGUGCCUACAAUAGUUACCACAUAUGUGUCUGUGUGUAUGUAUGUGUGUGUGCUUAGAUAAGGGAUAUAUCUCCGAGGAAAGUUUAAAAGUAGAGCGAGGGACAGAGCCAAGUUACCGAGGAGAGAAAGAGAAAGAUGUUAUGUAUUAGUUAACGGCGAGGAUUUAUUUUAAGAGUAUUUAUCGUUUUUUUUGGUGCAUGCCCACAGGUCUCACGCUGCAUGUAAAUACAGUGUUAAUAGACUUAUAUACGUAUAUAACACAGAAAUUGUAUAGAUAAAACUUGAAAUGAUUAUGCAGCAGAAAGAGGAGCAAAGAGCCUCGGGCUUAGCGUUCGUUCGUCUGUUAAACAAAUUGCGGGGUGAAACGAGUGUAAAGUAAAAAUCGAAUCUACCCCCUGCGCGCCCGUAGAUUUAUCAUUUGUUACAUCGUAAAGAAUAUGAUGAAACUGAGUAUUUUUUAAGAGGCGAGGAGUAAAAAGAUUUAUGGCGUAAAACGCGAGAGAACUGUUAGUGAGAAGAAAAAUAUUAUAUAGCGCGAUUUAUCUCAGGUUAAGAGAAAAUAUUGCGGCAAAGGGGAGAGGGGGUGUGAAUAGAUAUCGGAGAAACUUGAACAAAUGUGUGAUCACGUUUAUAUAAUCUGUAUAUUUUAAUUAAAUAAACUGAGAUAUAUAAAUCCUAUUAUUAAACUGA